GACCUCCACACUCUCUUCAUGGCUGGCGACGACAGCGACCCCUCCAUCUCUAUCCCAGUCGGCAUCAUCAUCGGCCUCCUUGCCUCCUUCAUUCAAUCUCUCGGCCUCACCGUCCAGCGCAAGAGCCAUGUUCUCAACCAAUCACUCCCGGAGGACCAGCAGAAGGUCGAGCACCGCAGGCCACUAUGGCUUCUAGGCUUCACCAUCUUCAUCUCCUCCAACCUCUUCGGAUCCGUGUUCCAGAUCGCGUCCCUCCCGGUCGUCAUUCUCGCCCCCCUCGGCGCGGUCUCUCUCCUGUGGAAUGCCUUCUUUGCACGCCUCCUCCUUGGGGACGUGUUCUCGCCUUGGAUGCUGCUCGGGACGCUACUCAUCGCCGGCGGAGCCGUGCUCAUUGCUGUCUUCGGCAUCGUCAAGGAGCCUACGCACUCACUCGAGGACCUGCUGCGCCUGUUCAGUCGCCCAGCGUUCAUAGCGUACUUCUCGCUGCUGGGCUUCGUUGUGCUAGUGUGGCUAGUUGCCACCCAUGUGGUGGAGUACUCCUAUACCCGCCGCUACAAGCUCGCGGACGUCAGCCCGCCACUAUCACCCCUUCUUGCGCCGAACACAGCGCCCUCCCUCCUUACCACCGCAACGACAGCGACGUCCGCGGUCGACCCCACCUCGGCGACUGAGCGGACACCCCUCAUUGACCGCAAACCCCAACCGCGCUCAAAGUCACCAUCCCCUUCGACCUCCAUCCGCUCCAUCAUCGCGAGCCCGCUCUCGUAUGGCGCGAAAUCACCGCAGACCCCUCUAUUCCUCGCAUUCUCGUAUGCGUCCAUAUCCGGCAUCCUCUCGGGCAUGUGCCUCCUGUUCGCGAAGAGCGGGGUCGAGCUGCUGCUGUGGACGUUCGGCGGAAACAACCAGUUUUGGCGGUGGCAGGCGUGGGUGCUUGUCAUCAGCCUGGUGGUGUUCGCCCUGCUGCAGCUGUGGUAUAUGCACAAGAGUCUGGUUUUGGCCGAUCCUACCUUAGUAUGCCCACUGGCAUUCUGUUUCUACAACCUAUCUAGCAUCGUGAAUGGCCUGGUCUACUUUGACCAAUUUUCGAUGCUCUCUACCCUGCACCUUCUCCUGGUGGGGCUCGGCAUUGCCGUCUUGCUUUCCGGCGUCUGGAUCAUCAGCUUCCCUCCAGGCGGCGGAGGCGGUGUCGACGUUGGCACCUGGCACGAAGGCGACUCCGCAAUGGAACUUACCGGUGAAGACAGCGAUAUCGAGGAAGAAGCGUACGAGGACGAACCGUUGCCCAUGGACGAGCAGUCUCGCGCCGAGUCUGCGCGCGGCCGCACCUCCUCCGGGCUCGGGUUGCACGUCAUUACAGAACCACCUACGCCGAUCGCAGCACCGCAGCUGUCACCACCACCGACCACCCCCGCACGCUCGGGGGGACGCGCAGCCCGCCCACACGGCCGACAGCAGACGGACUCCGCGUUGCUCUCGUCUCCGCCGGCUCGGCGCUCGCGCACUACGAGCACAGGGCUGGAACACAGCCUAAGUCCCGAAGUGCAGUCUCCAGGAUCGGCCUCCUCGCGCAGGCGACGGCGCACCACGCUCGCAGCGGCCUCGGGCGCGUCGCAGCUCAGUCCCACAGCUUCGCAUUUCGCGCCGUCGCUACCCCCGAGCGCGUCUGCGCUCAGCGGGUUCUCCAUCGGGCUGUCGCCCAUCAGCCCGGGAUUCUCCAUCGUGCCGCGCGAGCGGCGGCGGCGGAUGACAGGGCACGGGAGCAGUAACGGGGGCGCGGGCGGAGCAGCGAGUGGGCUGCUGCCAUUGCCAGGGGGCGAUGCGCACAGUCAUUACGGCGCUGGCGCCGGGGCUGCAAGCGACGCAGGGUCGGUUGGGAGCCCAGGGCGGGGGUGGAAGAUGCGCCGAGUGGUGAGCGAAGGCGAUGCGACGGGCGCUGCGCCGCUGCGUGUCGAUGGCGGCGGCGUAGGGUCAGACUCGAGAACUGGCGGGGAGGCAGCGGGCCUGCCGUACGGGAGGGACGUCGAGCGGGCAGGCGGCGGCGGCGGACAGGAAGCUGGCCAGGAACCGGAAGGACGGCGGGCAAAGGGAAGAUGGAAGUGGCUGCGGAACGUGCUGGGUAGCACGGAUCCGCCGAGAUGAGUUUGGCCUGGGUGUGUUCGCCCUUGCGACGUCGAGACGCGUCGCGCGGAAUAUGAGGGCGCGGGGCCCUGGCGGAAGUGGACGGAGGCGGGAUGGUAUAUAGACAUUGAUAUGAUGGUGAUACACCCCCCUUACGACGUACAUAAUGGGGUUUCUAUGGACUCGUACUAGCAUACCCGACGCGAGU